UUGUACUUGUUCAACGUCCUGCUUCCUACUGGAUCUAGAAGGUGACCCUACCAGGAGUGCCCUGUCCUAUCCCACAUGAGAUACUGCGACAUUGCAUGGGGGCAGCCCAGCUCUGACCCUGCCCAGCCUCACUGACCCAGGACAGGUAUGGCACCUCCAGACACUGUCCGGAUCUCUGCGGUGGAGAUGGCCAUGUAUUACAGCCUCCAGCAGGCUGCCUCCCUCCUGGACUCUGUGCUGGAAAAGAUGUCCGUCCCCAUCUAUGCAAAAGACAUUACGGAUCUCUUGAUGAAAGAGCUUGCUUUUCUUUCUGGUGGUCGUGGAAGAGAUAAUGACUGGAUCAUCACAUUUCCCGAAAAUGACACUUUCAAUGAAGUACCUGAAAGUAUCCUUCAGACAAUAUUAUCUUAUUUAACCUCCAUUCCAAGCAAACAAGAAACAGAUGUUAAAUUCAUUCUCCUAUUGGACAGAAGGUUGGACACAUGGACGUCUGUAAAACUAGCUCUACAGAAAUUAUCACAUUCGUUUCCGGGGAAUUUGCAUCUGGUUUUAGUUCUUCGACCAACUGGGUUUUUCCAGCGCACUUUCACCGACAUAGGAUUUCGGUUCAGCCAGGAGGAUUUCAUACUAAAAUUGCCGGUUGUGAUGCUAAGUUCUGCUUCGGACUUACUGAAGUAUAUUGAUGAAAAACAAUUAACACCAGAGUUUGGAGGGACACUGCAAUAUCGCCACUGCGACUGGGUUGUCUGCCGAACAGCUAUUGAGGGCUUUGCACUGACCGUAAAAGAAAUUGCUCAGUUGCUACAGGGUUUUGGUACUGAAUUGGCUGAGACCGAGUUACCAAGCGACAUGUAUUCAAUUGAGCGCAUUCUAGCAAAUCGCACUGAAAAAUACUGCCAGUUGAAGGAAGAUAUGACAUCAGUGAUGAAGGAAGGCAACCUUUUACUUAAUAGCUUUGAAUCACCUGGCUGCAGUUUUAGUGAAGACAGCGAACAUCAGAGGCACGGAGACUGGGAAACUGUGAACAGGCUGCUUGCUCAGUUACUUGAAAUGGAAACUGCCUUUGAUGGUUUUUGGGAGAAACACCAGCUUAAAAUCAAGCAAUAUUUAGAACUGCUGAAGUUUGAGCAACAUUUCCAAGAGCUGAAAAACUCAAAUGAGUAUUUGAUGGCACAACAGGCAAAUAUUCUAAAUACAGGAGACAAUGUCGCAGAAGUCAGGCAACGCUUAAUGGAUUUGAGCAAUUUAGAGGAGAGCUCAAAGGAUUUAAUGUCAAGGUCUCAGAUGGUAAUUUUACACGGACACCAGCUAGCCGCAAAUCAUCAUUAUGCACUAAAUUUAAUUUGCCAGCAAUGCAAUGAGCUGCGGCACAUGUCAGAUGUUUUGUCAGAGGAGAUAAAAAAGAAGCAAGUUCGACUUUCUACAACCCUCGAUCUCCACAUCCAGCUACAGCAGGCCCUUGAAUGCUGUGAUAAAGGUGCUUAUUUUCUAGCUAACCAGCAAAUGGACAAGUGUCAGUCAAAGGAGGGGGCACAGAAAGCCCUGCAAGAUGUGGAGAGGUUUCUGGAAGACUCCAGUCUUUACUCAAACUACGACCCUGAAAGCUUGCUGUGUGAAUAUCAAGCCAUUUUAACAGAUGAGCUAAAGAACCAAGUUCAAGCUGUUCAUCUCAAAAUUGAAAAUGUGCGAGGUUUGUUUGAGAACAGGCAAACUUGUCUCAAAAAGUUGGCUGAUAAGCAAGUGAGGCCGGUUCAGUUGGUGGCCCCUCGACCAGAGACUUCUCCAAGAGCAAAAUCACCACUGUUCUCACCAAGGCAUGGUAUGGAUUUCAAUUCAACUCUGAAGUUCUCUUUUGACAUAACAUUGCCAGGAAAAAGAACAACACGGAAAGUUCAAACUUCUCGUAAGAUUGAAGUGAUGCAUGACUAUCAAGAAAAACGCAACUCCCUGCAACUAUUUAUUUCAGAAAGUGAAGACAGCUUGGAUAUUUUUAAAGGGCAUGUUAUUCAUGAACUGAUAGAGACUGAGCGGAUUUAUGUAGAGGAACUUUACACAGUAUUAUUGGGAUACAGAUCCGAAAUGGAGAACCCAGCUAUGACGCAUUUCAUGCCACCGUCACUGCGAAAUACAAAGAAUAUUUUGUUUGGAAACAUGCCCGAAAUAUAUGAAUUUCACAACAAAAUGUUUCUACUAAAUCUAGAAAGUUGUAUUGGAGCUCCAGAAAAAGUUGGAUUCUGCUUUCUUGAAAGGAGAGAAGAUUUCCAGAUGUAUGAGAAGUAUUGCCAGAAUAAACCACGUUCGGAUUCUCUCUGGAGACAGUUUUCAGACAGUGCUUUUUUUCAGGAAUGCCAAAGAAAAUUGGAUCACAAACUAGCGUUGGAUUCAUAUCUACUAAAACCAGUGCAGCGUCUUACUAAAUACCAGCUACUGUUAAAGGAAUUACUGAAGUACAGCAUCAACUCCGAAGGAAUCGAGGAAUUGCAAGAAGCCUUGGUAUCUAUGUUAGACUUAUUAAAAUCAGUGAAUGACUCAAUGCAUCAGAUUUCUAUAACAGGUUACAAUGGAGACAUACAUGAUUUAGGGAGAAUACUGAUGCAGGGGUCUUUUAGUGUAUGGAUUACACACAAAAAAGGCCCCACAAAAAUGAAAGAACUUGCUCGUUUCAAGCCAAUGCAAAGACAUCUGUUUUUAUAUGAGAGAGCUAUUGUAUUUUGUAAGAGACGAGAAGAUCCUGGAGAUGGACACAAUAAAACACCUUCAUAUAGUUUCAAGCACUUUUUGAAGAUGAAUGCUGUGGGUAUCACAGAAAAUUUAAAAGGUGACAAUCGAAAGUUCGAAAUUUGGUACAGCGGACGAGAGGAGGUUUAUGUUGUGCAGGCCCAGACAGUAGAACAGAAGUCUGCCUGGUUAAGUGAAAUUAGGAAGAUUUUAACAAAACAACAAGAACUUAUAAAAGUUGAGAAACAGAAACAGAGUCCUUUCUCCGACCAUACUCUGAUGUCUCCACAAAUGAAUGAAGGGAAACGUCAGAGGGCCUCUGUUAGUUCUGAAGAAAAUGACUCAGAAAACACUAGCCCUAUAAUGUUGGAAAGUUUACAUCUCUCACCGCAACACAAAGCGCAUAGAGGCUGGACAGGAAUGUCACAAUCUUUAGAAAUUUGCGAGGGACUUGAAGGCUGGUCAAGCCAUCAUUGCUCUUUUCCUUGCUCUGACACAGAAGAGGAGGACACACUACAGUUGUCUCCAGGUAAAUACAAAGCACUGGCUGACUGCAAAAAAAGAGGCUCUGAAGAUAUUCUGGUGAAAAACGGAGAUGACAUUCAGCUUUUGCAGGAAGAUUCGGAAGGGCAGUGGUUAGUGAAAAAUUUGGACAGAAAAAAAGAAGGCUGGAUUCAUGGCAACAAUUUGCAGAUUGUCAUUGGCGAAUGCAGGAUCCGAGCAGCUAAGAUAUCAGAAUCAACCCUUUGCAACACAAGGAAGCUAAGUUCUCCUUAGACUGAUUGAUCAGUCUGAAUGCAGUCUUUCGGAGGAGAAUCAGAAAGAUAUUACUACAAAGUCAUGUUACAAAUAAAUGCAGUCUUGCUGAAGCCAUCCAUAAUACUCUUUGUAGGAGCAGAUUCAAACAUAUUUCAUAAUGACGUUACAUUUUUUUAAUAAUCUCAUUUUGUAAGAUGAUGUACAUUGGAUGGAUCCAUUUUAUCAUGUUUCAUUAAAUUUUUUUAACCUGGUACAAAAGAAUGUUUUUAACGAGGUGUAAAUACGUGCGCUAACCGUAGCAGAUCAUUCAUUUCAGGCUUGAUCACCGUUUUACCCAUUUUUGAGUAAAACAUUUGCACUUGAAUUGUUCAGGCUGCUGUGUGCCUACUGAUGAUGUUUGUCAUGUCACUAGAAUGGUUCGAAUUGUAUCUUCUUUAAUGGAAGUGACUUUUACAUCAAUAUGAACACACUGCACUCAUUGCCACAAUUUUGUGGUGAAAUUUGACUCAUUGCAAUAAACUUCUUCAUCAUUCUUUUGCUGAAUGUAAAUUCAUGUUUUAUAGUUCUAAACGUUUUUGCAUUGAUGGCGAUUAUGAUCGUAUGUGUAAGAUCUAAUACAUGUUUUGAAAAAGAUACACGUCUCUUGUGCUUCCAUAAGAAAUCUCCUCCUGAAAGGAGAUAUUAGGAGGGAGCUAAAGCUACUUAGUUAUAUUCUUCUCCCAUGGUAUCCAGUUUUUCUUUCCAUAGAAAAUAAAGUGUUCUGGCAGCUUCACUCAAGACAUUGACAUCCGUUUUUACAACCAUAAACCUAGAGUACA